AUGAAGAUUAACAGCAGCCUGAGUGCACCGCAGCUACCCGAGUCCUUGUCCCAAGACGGCCUUCAGUUCAGCGUGGCCACCGAGGAGGACUUUGAUGACAUCAUGGCCAUAAGUCAGGACAUCUACGGGGGUCUGGACUACCUGCCCACCAGGUACAGCAGCUGGCUGCAGGAAAGCAACCGCACCGUCAUCCUGGCCCGCAAGGAGGGAAAAGUGAUUGCUCUCGAGUCGGUCUGCGUGAUCGACGAAGGCGAAACCAUGCUAGUGGAGGGUCUCCGCGUGGCCCCACAGGAAAGGGGGAAGGGCGUGGCAGGGGUCCUGCUGCGAUUUUGCUCUGAGCUGGUCAAGUCCAAACACCCUGAGGUGAAAGUCAGUCGCCUGACCCGUGAUGAUCCGCUGGGGUCCAAGGACUUCCAGAAGUAUCGCGUGAUCACCAAGCAGGGUAUCCUACUUGUGCGCUUCCGAGCCGAGGACCUGAAGCGCCGACUUUCUGACAUUAGCGGCGGAGAAACAUGUCCAAAUUCGGCAUCAUUCCCCAUACGUCUGGACCACAAUGCCGUCCGUCGGCUCUUUCUGACCAGCGACCUGAUGCGGGGGGUGCUCCCCAACUCCACCAUCAUUCAAGACUGGCAGCCCUUUAAGCCCGUGCCGGGUAACAUGGCCAUUCUGAUGAAGAAAGACAUCGACUGGAUGGUGGACGACGCCUCCAAGCCCAGUGUGGGAAGCCUGUGUACCUUCCCCUUCAGGGUCCCCAUCGGAGAAGACUGGUACUACCUGAACAUCGACAUGUUCGGCAAAGAUCUUGAUCUAGUUCGCCAGCAGUUCCUGAGCCACCUGCAGCGCCACACGGCCACCUUGAAGGGUCACGUCAUGUGCCAGAUGUUCCUAGACCCGCCCCUUUGGAAGCCCAUGGCCGACUUUUGUCGCCAAGCCCUUUGCGUGGAGCUCGUCAAAGAGUACACGGAGCAAUGCGUGGUGGAAUCUGACGUCAUGUAG